AGAAGAUGGCUUAUCAGGGAGUACACAAGGUCCCAAUGAGCAGAGGUUGGACAACACAAUCUCUAUCGAUAAGAUGAUGGUUCACGAACCAAGGUACAAAUGCCACCAAUGCGAAGGCGCGGCGUGCGGCGGGCCGGGCUCGGAGUGCCGCGAGGCGCUGUUCUGCUUCAAGUCCUCGGUACGGCUGUCUGACGGCGAGCUGCAGCACUCGCGCGGCUGCUCCGAGCGGAGGGACCAUUACCAGUUCACGUGCCGAUCUAAUGCGCAUCAUCAGGGUGUGCGCAAGCGUCACGCCGGUCAGCGAAACGUGACAUGCUGCCGCGGCGACAUGUGCAACGACGGGGACUUCCCCGGCCUGCCGCCGCUGGCCGACACCUCCAUACAGCCGCUGCACUCCAGCGCGCGCAAGCUGGGCGUCAUCGUGGCCGCGUCCGUCAUAGCCGUCGCCGCUGUCGUCGCCAUGGCGGUGUUCGUGGUCAGGCGGAGUCACAGGUUGCGAGUGUCGCGCGCCGCUCUGCACAAGCUGGGCGCGGAUCCGAAUUACUUCUCAUCUAAUGUCUAUAAUCCGCAAGUCACCAAUCCGUUUUAUGAAGGCGGCGAGGGGUCUGGCGGCGCGGGCGCAGGCUGGGUGGUGGCGGUGGCGGCGGGCGACUCCACGCUGCGCGAGUACCUGGAGUGCUCGGUGACGUCGGGCUCGGGCUCGGGGCUGCCGCUCAUGGUGCAGCGCACGCUCGCCAAGCAGGUCACGCUCUACGACUGCAUCGGGAAGGGUCGGUACGGCGAGGUGUGGCGCGGCUCGUGGUACGCGGACUCCGUGGCGGUGAAGAUAUUCUUCUCGCGCGACGAGGCGAGCUGGCGCCGCGAGACCGAGAUCUACAGCACCGUGCUGCUGCGCCACGACAACAUACUCGCGUACAUCGGCAGCGACAUGACCAGCCGGGGCAGUUGCACGCAGUUAUGGUUGAUAACUCACUUCCACCCGCUGGGCUCGCUGCACGAGUACCUGUCCCGGACCACACUCACGCGUCAUCAGAUGAUGGUCAUCGUGCUCUCCACGGUCAACGGGCUGCUGCAUCUGCACACCCAGAUACACGGCACGCAGGGCAAACCAGCGAUAGCUCACCGCGACAUAAAGACGAAGAACAUCCUGGUGAAGAUAAACGGCGAGUGCUGCAUAGCUGAUCUGGGGCUGGCGCUGACGCAAGCGCACAUCUCCGCACAGCAGCACCACUGCACCAGGCAGGGCACUAAGCGGUACAUGAGUCCAGAGAUGCUGGACCAGAGCAUGAACCCGCUGUGUCUGGAGUCGUACCUGCGCUGCGACGUGUAUGCGCUUGCGCUGGUGGUGUGGGAGGUGUGCCGGCGCGUGUCCCCCGCCAGCCCGCCGGCGCUGCCGUACCACCCGCUCGUGCCGCAGGACCCCAGCUUCGACGACAUGAGGAAGAUCGUGGCUGUGGAGCAGGUCAGGCCGGAUCCGCCGCAUUCUGAUCAUCCG